UAUUUGAUACCGCAGUACUGAUAUGCUUGAAAUUCUUGUUUGGUGACGAUAACGUGUACCUUCGAGUGCGAUGGAUGAAUGUGAAACAGAAGACGUUGGACAUGUACUUCCUGAAACAUUGGAGGAAAACCCUCCGAUUUCCGAACUGCCGCCACAGGAACACGUUGAAGAAUCGUCGACCAAAAAUGAGAGCCAGAUGGAUGAUAAGCCGACGAAAGUUCUGCUCAAGCCCACGGGUGGUGCCCCUGUCAAAAAGCAGAAGAAGUUCUUGUUGCCGCUGGAUCAGACUUUUGCCAUGGUUCUUGAAUUCAUGAGGACGAAGUAUCUUAACUUGGCGCCGAAUGAUUCAUUGUUCGUCUACGUCAAUCAAACAUUCGCCCCAUCGCCGGAUCAGCGAUUACAAAACCUUUACGACUGUUUCGCCGUGGAAGGAAAGCUAGUUCUCUAUUAUUGUCUGACCAAAGCUUGGGGCUGAUCAUUAUCGCGUGCAAGUUGUGGUUUCUGUGAUUUUGUGUGAAAGAUGGCCUCUUUAGUGCCCUUUUAA